UAGCUUUUCAGACAAUAAAUGACUGCAAGUGGUAAAGAAUGCCAGACAUUUCUCGUUACACAUUGGCAACUUCAUUAGACUGGAGUUAUGGUGGAGUCAAUAGCAGCUUACCUGGCAAUGGAGGCCCUUUGUGUGCUUCCUUCUCCAGUGUCGAGCGAAGAAUAUUUGAGACAACACUUGCAUCUAUCCUAUCUAUUUUCUACACUUGGUGGGGCUUGCGCUGUCUCUCAAUGCCUCCCACUUUACAUUUUGUCAGGAAAGAUCGUGGUGGCAAGAGGCUGCUGUUGGUUGUAGUGUCUAUGGUCUUUGGCAUGGAAAUUGGCUUCAAGUUUGCAUCUAAGCAAUUGAUAUAUUUAUUAAAUCCUUGCCACAUUACCACUGCUUUGCAGAUAUAUCUUUUGGCUGCUCCUCCCAGUCGUUUUGUGACUAUCAUGUUCCGCAUCCACCUGAACUACCUCAAUGGUGCCAUCCUGGCCAUUCUCUUCCCUGUCACAAACACUCGAGUGUUGCCAUUUGAAGAAGAAUUGUAUUGGCUGCAGCACACGCUCAUGCUUGUCACACCUUAUUAUCUCCUGCGGCUCGGAGGAGUAUACACAAUAGAGGACCUGCAAGACAUGAGUUGGACCAGUUUGUCUACGGGCAUCAUCUUCCUCUACCACUUCCUGCCGCUCCAGGCCAUCGGUCUCUUGUCUGAAGUGAACCUGAACAACAUGCUGUGCCCGGCUAUCAGUGAUCCUUUCUACGGCCCCAACUACCGCCUCUUUGCUCUCGUGCACCAGUCUUUGUGUAUCCCUCUGGUGGCCAAAACGUUCUGCGCCAUCGCCACUUUCUUCAUUACGACCUUCCCUCUCACUAAGGUUAAAGACGUGCUUGGCAGCGACGUGUCGUUCAGCGCCUACGACGCACGUUCGAGAAACGGUCUGCGGCAUGUCUGUCCACAUACCAUCAUAGGAGACCCUGCCACCGGAUCUCGUAUCCAUGCUCCUGUAGGCUCCUGUAUCCAUGCCACGUGUCCUUGUAUCCACUCGAGCACCAGCACUUCCUCUGCCUCAACUUCAGCUAGCAGUUGUGAGAAAAUUGGCUGCAGCAAAAAUGGUGCAAGAUUUCGCGGAAACCACAAUGGUAAUAAAAAUGAUGAGGACAGCCACAAGACUUGCCGUAACACAAAUGGUGCUAACCAAACUGAUGGUGACGACGACAAGAAUUGCAACGACAGCAAUAGUGCUAUGGCGUGCAGCAGCGGCACCAACGGAACUUUGAACAUAAGAGACCCUGUGAUCUAUGACGGUCAAUUGGAGUGCACUGAAGAAUUUCUCGUCACUGAAGGCUAUGAGUUUUGCUGCGGAGGAUUUGGUAAUGCCAAAGAGUUUCUAGCCAACCACGAGCAUUGCAACUAGUAUGCCUGAAUUGUCUAUGCUAGAAACGAGAGCCUAUGAUGGUACAUUUCAGCCACAGGGAAGGUAACAAGCCAUGAUUCUUUUAAAAAAGCAGCGUCUCCUAGCCUUUUUUUGCACGUAUUCACGGUAUUUCGAUCACCUUGCGUUCUGCAUUGAUUUUAUAAAUCGCAUAUGCGAUUAGUUUCAUUUCUUGCAUAUACCAGUCACCUGUAUUCACUUAGAUCUAUGUGAGGCUAACAUUAGUUAAACAGUUGACCAAUAACAAUGGUAUAGGUUUGUAUACGCUGGUAAAUGUAUCUGAAGGUUGUUAAAACUUGACAAAGUUUGUGAUGUUCUACACGUUGUAAGGUCCUCCUUCUUCUCUGACAUAUAUCUUUAGAAGUGUGUUGUAUAAGCAAUUUGUAGUACUUGAUUAGUUACUGUAGAAUAAGUCAUCCCUGAAUAUCUUAAGCAGAGAAAUAUACAUUAUAUCAUUAUAUAAAGUUUAAAAUGUCAUCGUGUAAUGCCUUAUAUUUUUGUGUGCUUUGUGUUUUUCUUCUAUGUUGAUUAAUUGUCCUGCCAAAGAUUUCAAUCUUCGAUCAUAAAUCCCUUUAUUGUACCUACUUCUUAUUAUUGUUAAUGUCUUUUAUUCUACUUGCUUUUGUGGCUUGCCAUAUAAAUAUAUUCAUCUUGCUUUGUUAGAGUAUCGUAUUGAUAAUUCAGCAUAGAACUCUUACAUUUCUCUCUAACGUAUUUGCUAGAAAAUUAUGAUCGUCAAGUAUUAUGAAAAUGUAUUGGUUAUACUUACAUUCAAACAAGGUGAUAACAGUAAAACCAAAGUUGAUUAUCUAGCUGUGUCUAAUCCUGAUAAUUUUUUUCGGGUAAUGAACUCGCUCUAAUUUUCGCAUUUCUUCUAAUGAGUCGAGCUUUUCAUUUAGAGAUUUCCUUAACUCGUAGAGCUGAAGUCAGUACAGCAAGAGUGCGAUGAAAUUGUUCCUUUCAAGUAACUUUACUUGUGCGUGCGAUUACCAAGAUGGUGUCUCGAAUUUGUACCAUACCCUGUUGCAUUACUGUGAUGGAUUUUACGGAUACCUUACACUUAGUUCUACCUCGGUCCAUUUGAUCGCUUGUAAUGAUUAAUAUUUAUGUAAUAAUCUAACUUGCUGUGCUUUUUUUUUUGUUGUAAUUCUUGAUCUCUCUCACCUACACCACCAUUCUUCCCAGUAACGAUCCAUGUGAUGAGUUAUUCCUUAUAACCCUAAACUCAAAUAUUGAACCUGAACUCAAAGAUGAUAAAUACCUUCCAUAUUUAAUCAAUAAUAAACCUUUUUGUGCGCGUUGGAAUGCUACCUUCUGUAAGUUACAAUGUGUAAUUUCGUGGUGGGAUCCAAGUGUCGUCUUACAUAGGUCUUCCCUCGCUAAGCUCAAAUCGUCUGCUACGACACUCUUGCCUCUGACCAUUUCUUAGAUCUGGGGCCGUAUUAUCAAAACUUCGUAGGUACGCAAAAUCGACU